AAUCACUGGGGCUGCGUGACAGUCGAAGAAGUACAGUCGAAGAAGUUGAAAAGUAUUGUGAAUUCCAACAAGUAGAUGGAUAAACUCAUUUGCACUGAAACCUUCUUAAACAGGACCAUGGAAGACCAGCAUGUGGUUACUGUAGUUACACAAGACAGUGGGUGUGGAUGUCCACAUGAGAAAUCAGAGAUCCUCAAAGAACACCCAACGCAGCCACUGUCUUUUACAUUUGUGCCAGUUGUCAGAAAGUUGCCGACUCAAGCCUAUGCUAAUGCUUCAAUACACAGUGGAAAAUGUGGACAACCCAAAUGCAAGCCAAAUGAGCAUUUAGGAACACAAGAAGAGGCGACAUCUGACAUGACUAUGCUACAAGACGGCAUUUUCAAAGCAAAAAUUGUGUUCAUUGGUGAUUCAGAUGAUGAAGGAGAAGCUGCCCCUGUUCAUCCUCACUGUCUUGAGCAAACCAAUGACAUUGCAAGAAUUGAGCCUCAGCUUCAGCAAUACAAGAUCAAGUCAAGCUACAAGGCAUAUGCAGCAAUACCCUCAAACACACUGCUCUUGGAGCAGAAGGCAAUAAACAGGGAGGUUGACAAUCCAGUGUACUCCCCUGUUGACGAUAAAAUAAUGUCAGAAACCCAUGCAGAGAUAUGUUCACCAGCACAGCUUCGGCCUAUGCGACGAUCCCAUUCUGCUCCAAUUUCCCUGCAGAAACUAAUGGAUUCUGAUGCACCAAAAAAUUUUACAAUGCUACCGCGAUCUGCUGGGCGGGAGACUAAAUAUGCCUCUUUCCAUCUGUUGCAAUCUGGUUUUGCUGAGAAACAACUGACCAAGCCUGGAGUUAUACGACCAGUAGCUGUUAUUCCUAAAUUUCCGGAAGAGAGAGAGGAGUAUCAGCCCAAUCCAUUCAGACAUUACCUUGAAGAGACUUCAGAUGCUGAACUUCAACAGCCUCAACACCCUAUAGUGACUAUCCAUGAAAAUGAAGCUCUCAGCUCAAAAGAGCUUAACAACACAGUGAGAGGACUCAGCAAAACAGAUGCCACCAGAUGCCCUGGCAUCCCAAAGAUGAGGCUCCAAGAUACAACCGAUGGCCACAGCCAUGGAUUACUUCAAAUUACAGAAGAGGAAGACGAGAAAGUUAAUAAAUCCUUCACAGGUAUGAUAACAUCACCAAGGACCAUAUCCAGUUCUAUUAACUCAGCAGCUGUGAAGAUGGUUAGGGAAACCAGCAUUUAAAAGUGUCUGAGUGUUUGCUCUAACCCAGAAAUGUGCUCAAGCAUAUCAUGUGAAAAUUAUGUGGUGAAGCAACUUGGUUUUUAUUACUUUCUGCUACAGGAUAGUUGUUUAAUUUCACUUUUAUAAAAUAGUUCAAUAAAAGUUCAUAUUUUAAGAACUCCUGUCAAUAUAUAUGCAUAACAAUGGGCAAGGUUUAUAUUGCACCAGUAAGCUUUUUAAAUACUGCCAAGAAUUGUGUGUGUGCAGAAAGGCUGAUAUGUCAGCAGAACUAUUAUGUGAUGUUUUGUGGAAAUGAUUUUUUUUGAUAACACUAUUCAUUUUUGUUUAUUUUAGAAUGCUUUAAGGCCACCCAAAACAUAUUUCAACACCCUGUUCUAAUGAAUCAUAAAUCCUUGGCAUGCAGAAAAAAAACUAAAAAACUAAAAAGCUAAAACAAAACAAAAUAAAUACAAGAUCGUAACAAAGGCAAUAGAAAAGCAUCCUUAGUCAUGACAUUUUACUUAACUGAAGUUUCAAUAACUCAGGACUUCAAUAUGAUGAUAGGUUUUUACCCACAAGUUACAUAAAAUAGGUUCCCAGUUUCCAUAGCUAACUGCCUGCUCUUUACACAUAAGUGAACCUGUAUCCUUGCUACCUUCCUUGCAAGAUGUUUCUUCAACCAGGACCCUUGGGGUCUCAUUAAAGUCAUCUAUAUAGCUCAUUAGUUAGAAAAAAGUUAUUUGUCUUCUUGCCAUAGAGGUACCAAGUGAUGAUUUCUACAACAAACUAUCUGCUGGGAUUACUCAUGCAGUUGAUGGGCAUUCACAGGAAACAUCAACAGUUAGACUUUAAUAUACUUCUUAUUUAUUCUCAACUGGCCCCCUCUGCGUGCAUUGAGACGGAAAGAAAAAUGGUGAUUAGCAAAUCAAUAUACUGUAUAGAGAAGCAAUGGACUUUAAUUGUUUUGUCUUCGGGAUGUGCCUGAAGCCAACCAUUUAAAGUAUUUGAUUUAAAUAAUAGGCUCUAAUCAUAUUACCCUAUCUGUGUUAGUGACAUAUAAUUUCCUGGUUAUUAAUAGUAGAGGGCUUGUUAGAUUUCCAUUUAUACUUUUUUAAUACUUUGUCUGUUCAGUUAAUCAGCAGGAUAUCUAGAUAUGUCCACUGAGAUAAUAUAACAUUAUAUUUGUGUACUGUGAUUAUGACAAUCAAGCAUCUAAUAGUACAUGUGAGUUUUACUAGUGCAUUUCCAUCUGCUUCAGUGUUGAAGACAGUGUUUUUUUUCUUCAAAGGACUGCAAUACUUAUAUCUGCCACUGUUUAGAUCAAUUGAAUACAUCCCAUGUUUGUACCAACAUAAUGAUCUGUGUUACGAAAUCCCCAUUGUCCUAUUUUCGUUUUGCAGCUUAAAAAGACGCUGAAUUGAAGAUGAUUAUCAAGAUUGUAAUAUAUUAUGAAAUGAUUUUACAUUAACUACUUCUUUUUUAUUGUAUGUUAUGCUAUGCAUGUCACAUAUUAAACCUACUGAAAAUGUUAUUUAAAUACUGUAUGGCAAUCGGUAACACUUUAGUUCAAGCAGACCUGAAAAGACAGGUAGACUAUAUCCGUUAUAAGAGAUUAUAAACAAUAGCAAAAAAAAAAAAAAAUGGCAAAAGUGUUUAACAAUAGUUUCAUUAUUUCUAAUCAUAUUUUAUAUUUGUUAAUAGCAUAAUUAAUAAUGUGUUUAUAGAUUGGUUAUAAGCACGUACAAAGGAUCACUAAACUAAAGUGUUAACUGGCAAUCUACGAUUGUAUAAACUCCCUAUAUCAAAAGCAGAGGUGAAAGUAAGUCGGUACGGCCUGGAUUAGUGUUAGAAAGCAGUACAUCGUCAGAAUGUGGUAUGCAUACCAAAACUUGACCCGUGUUAUGUUAGAAAGCGGUACGCUGUCACAUUGAAAGUGGUACACUGUCAGAUUUUGGUACAGAUGCAAUCAAUUACGAUCUGAUGGGUGUUUUCCUAUUGUCAAACUUGUACAUUUACCAUUAAUUAUACAUUAUUUUUUGCAAACUUAAACAGGAAUCAAUUUCUCUAAAAAUAAAAAAAAAAUCAUGAUGAACAAGACAAAAUGAGAAAAAAUUGUAAAAAAAUUUACAAGAUCCAAUGUAUUGCAUAAAUAUUCGCUUACUAUUUUCUUAAUGGUGGAAAAAUAUGAUAAAUUGUAUUAACAAAGAUGUAAGACUGGAAAAUAUGAUAAAUUCAAUUAAAAAGAUAGCAUAAAGUACCAGAUUUGAAAGAGUGCUUCCCUGCUUUCUUGGCUGAAGUUGUUAGACUUUGUUUAGGCAUGUGCGAGCCUGCGUACCACUUUUUACUAUGUACCUGAAAAUAACACUACACCGGUAAGAAAUUAAAGAUACUUUCACCUCUGAUCGAAAGGUUCUGUGCAUUAUCUUAAGGGGUGGUCAAAAACCCUUUGAACUCAUUUUGAGCCAACUGAAAUUAAUUUUUUUAACAUAAACUUUUAAUUAAAGCUGAUUCAGUGCUGUUACAUAACAUGUUAAUCUACUUUUUCAGAAUAGACAACGUCACCUCAGCAGCAUUCUGUAAAUGAUCACAGCAUGCUGUGAAGACACCAGUUCCCUGUGUGCAUUUGACAUGUUUCUUGAUGUUUUAAUUAAGAAUCACAGUUGGCUCAAAAGUAAUUAAUUACAGCUCUGGAAGGUUGCAAAUAAUAUUCCCAAAAGUUUAAUUUGUAUAUUGCCUUGAAAACACAAAGCCUUCAAGAAUUUACAGUAUUUAUACUGCUUUACGUUGAUACAUUUUAUAUUAAUAAAGAUUUAGCAAUUGUAUUACCUAAUUUGCCAUUUCCAGUGUUUUGAUGUAAAUA